AUGCUGCCACAUAAUCAAAUAGAGUAAGGAAAUGAUGUUAGAACAAGACGUAUGAUCCACAAUACAUUCAUAUAGGAAUAAAGUUUCUUAUUUUCUUGAGCAUCUCAGCUAUGAUCAUGUACUCCGUAACUUAUACUGAAGAUUCAGAGGUUCAUCAUAAUAGUCUGAAUAAAUGCCUUAAUGUCUCUGGAGACUAAGAUAUGCUUAAUUAUAUUUGUAUGAAUUAUUAUGAUAAUAGAAAAUUCAACUAAUAAACCCUCAACUGAAUGCUAUUUAUACUAAUUCUUGUCAUUUUUUGCUGAAAGACAUUUUAAAGGAUAAUUAAAUAGAACUUAUACACAUUUCCAUGUAUAUCAGUACAGUCAAUUAAAACCAGAUUUUAACAUAAGUGUACUAUUUUCUAAUAGUCCAUAUCUUGAUGACCCAUAACAAUAAUUUUAAUUUUAUCUGAAUGUUGUUGAAUAUGUUAAAACUUUUAAUACUCCUUUAAUUUUAAAAGUAAAAAAUAAUGAUACAACAGGUAUUAUUAAAUAUAUGAGUAAUAGGUUGUUAAAAUGAAUUAAUAAUGGAAUUAAAGAAUAUCACUAAUAAUAUGAAUAUAAGUUUUGCAGAAUAAUUAAUUAUGGAUGUGAGAGUAGAAACAUAAUGUCAGAAUUUUCAUUAAAUGUUUUUAGGAUCAGUUAAAGAUAAUACAGAGGAGGUUGAGAGUUAAGUGAUAACUUAUUCAUUUUUGAAUAGUGUUGUUUGUUUAUGUUGUAUGAUUUAUGGAUUGAGAAUACUUAGAGCUUUGAUUGAAGGAAUGGAUAAUCCAGAAGAAUAUAGCAUGUUUUCUAUAGGUUUUGUUAUGGUUCAAGAUUUAUACAUGUGUUUUUUGAAUUUCUUUUAAGCUAUGCAAUCAGAAUAUUUAUUCUAGUAUUUUAUAACUCCAUCCUUUCUUUAAUUUUUAUUAUUCUCAAUAUUUGAAAUGAGAAUAUUAAUGAUAAUUUGGAAAAGUAGAGUUAGAAAUGAUUAAAGUUUUAGAAAUUAAAUGAUAAAAUUUUACUUAAUUUUGUACGUUUGUAUGUUUGGCAGCAUGUAUUUAAUCUAUGAGUAUGUUUUAUCAUCAUGGCUAUUAUUUUUUUUAAGCUUAUACAUAGUACCAUAGAUUAUUCAUGCUGCUUAAAGAGGAUAAAUUGUUAGAUUUAAUUUUAAAUUGAUUUGUGGAUUCUUAUUGCCACGAUUAAUCUAUUAUGCUUACUUUCGAUUUUAUUGGAAUAAUUUAUUCUCUCUAAAACCAAUGCCAAUAUCACUCAUUUGCAUUGUUGUAAGUAUAGGAAUAUAGAUUGGAGUGCAUAUAUUAUAAAAUGAAUGGGGUCCUUAAUUUUUUGUACCUAAGAUUUGUUUUCCUUAAAAAUAUAAUUACUAUUACAGAAUACCAACUUCUUUUGACUUAGAGGAAGGACCAUCUUCAGAAUAUGCAGUAAAAUGAAUAACAUUAUAAUAUUAGCAUUUAUUUAAUGAGGAAUGUUCUAUUUGUAUGGGAGUACUUCAUUAAGUACCUGCAAUAAGAUUAACUAACUAAGAAGAACGAAAUUACAUGAUAAAAGAAGCCAUGAAAAAAUAAAAAAAUCAUUAUAUGAAAACUCCAUGUGUAUAAAGAAAUGUAAUUAUAAAAGGAUCAUAAAUUUCAUGUACUUUGUCUAGUCAAGUGGAUGUCAAUCAAAUUAUCAUGUCCUAGUUGUAGAUAAUCAUUAUCACCUUUAUGA